AGAAGGGGGCCGACUGACGGAACCAGAUGGAACUUUCGCGCCGCGCGCGCGCGCAUCCUCGUCCGAGGGAAAACGGGAAACUCUUCAGUGAGGAGGAAUCGUGUGCAGCGGCAAGCGCGACCGACGAUGCCGAGGUAGUCGUUUUCUCCCCGAGGGUCCCUCCCCGUCCCUCCUCUCCUUCGGCCGCGAAACCGAAAAGGAGAGCACGCGUUUACGACAUUACGUGCGCAGCCGCGAUCUGUCAACUGCGAUCUGUCAACCGGUGAACGCCUGCUGAAAGUUCUGUUGUGCCUGAAAAAAAAUCUCUCUCUGUGUGUCUCUCUCUCGUCCGAACCGAUGUGUCGUCCUCGUUGAAUAGGAGGAAAAACGCGAACCCGCGUUCGUCGGCGGAUCCUGACUUCCUGGUGCUGAUGCGAACAUGGAGGACUACAAGUUUCUCUUCAAGGUCGUGCUCGUGGGCAACGCCGGCGUGGGCAAGACUUGCCUAGUGCGACGAUUCACUCAGGGUUUAUUUCCACCUGGACAAGGUGCGACAAUUGGAGUCGAUUUUAUGAUUAAGACCGUUGAAGUAGAAAAUGAAAAAGUCAAGUUGCAAAUUUGGGAUACUGCAGGUCAGGAAAGAUUUCGUUCUAUUACUCAAAGUUAUUAUAGAUCAGCACAUGCAUUGAUAUUAGUUUAUGAUAUUUCUUGUCAACCAACAUUUGAUUGUUUACCCGAUUGGUUAAGAGAAAUUGAAGAAUAUGCAAGUAAUAAAGUUCUUAGGAUAUUAGUAGGAAAUAAAAUUGAUCGAGAAGAUAGAGAAAUACCAACACAUGUGGGUGAAGAUUUUGCCCAAAGACACGGAAUGUACUUUUUAGAAACGUCUGCCAAAGAGGCAGAAAAUGUAGAGAGAUUAUUUAUGGAAAUAGCAGCUGAACUUAUGGAACAAGCACGCUGUAAGGAAUUACCUCGAUAUGAAACGAAUACAACUUCAAUAAAUGGUAAAACGACAUCAAUUGGUGAUAGUAGUAAUUGCGGUUGUAGUAGACUUUCUUAAGUAAUUUUUGUAUGUAAUAUUAAGCACAAUUUCAGGUAUUUUUAGUUUUA